CUUCGAUGCAGUUUGGUUGUUUGUUUGCGUUGCGCUUUCUACCUCCAUAAUUACGUCUGUUAAGUUGCUAAAUAUUGAGCAAAGUUAAAGUAAAACAUAACUCCUGUACACCGGAAACUAUUCCUACCUAAAGAUACCAGACGCUGCCGGCAACGAAACACUCUCUUCAUCCUUUGAUCUCUUGCUAUAUCGUAAAGUUACAAAAAUGGUCUGGCUAGAAUCUUGCUGGUCUCCAUUCAUUUGGACAAAUUCCGUAAAAUCGGGAAGCUACGCAGUGGCCGCUUACACCGUGGCUAUGUCCAUCGUGUUGAUUACAAUGACAACAUACAACUUGCUCGGAGGGGAUUCAUCGCAAUUAUACUCUCCACUGUUUGAGACCGACAUACGCGAUUCCAUGCAGGUUGUCGGAGGAUUUUUUAUCCUGUAUUUCAUUCUGCUGAUUCUUUCCGCUGGAGGAGUAUGCUACUCAUUGAAAACCACAACCCGUGGUUGGAUGCUACCAUGGCUGGCACUAUUCGGGAUCGCCAUUCUGUUCCAGUUUGUGUUCGGCCUGUGGCUAAUCGGAGGCUAUUACAUUUAUCUGCAACAAACUUUAUCGAGCCUUAUUCUUUGGGUAUGGAUGGCCUACAACAUUUACUGCUGGAUGUGCGUUUACUCACAAUACCAAAUAUUUGAAAAUAUGCAAUCUCCUAACAUCGAACUGCUGAUGCCUUAAGUAUUCCAAACUACGACCACGCAAAGGUGGACAGAAUCUCCCAAAUGAUUUACCUUUUUCUAGCUUUUUUAAUCAUUCCAGUAAGAACAUGCACGUGCAUGUUGCGCCUUAAAAUGAACUUUACCUUUACUAGUGCAGUAGUCUACAUUUGACGAUUUUUUUGCAUUUGUGUGCACCAAUUUUAUUCCAUUUACGUAGGUUCAAACGUAUUAGGAAUAUAAUAAUGAACGUUAAGCUCUUGACAAUUUAAGAUACACAAAUUAACGUAGAACUAGAUGACCGACUGAGAAGAAAAAGUACCGUCCAAGUAUAAAAAACAUACACAAAUCUUUUUGAAAUAAAGAAUUUUUUAAGAAA